AUGGACACAUUCGAGUGGAAAAAUAUAAUUGAAGCAUCAGGCAAUUCGAAUGAAAUUCGGUUACAAUUAGUUCCACUUCUGCAUUGUGAAAAAUGGUGGAAACACACAAUAAUUUACGAAUUGAUUCCGUAUACGUUCAAAGACAGCGAUGGAGAUGGAAUUGGUGACAUUAAAGGAAUCACAUCAAAACUUGAUCACUUCUUCGACUUGGGCAUAGAAACAAUCCAUUUGACACCAAUACUUGGCACAAUCAGUGAUUUGGAAGAACUCAUCCGGGAAAUGAAUAAAAAAAAUAUGAAGUUGAUACUGGAUUUGGUAAUCAAUCAUAGUGGAUAUAAACACGAAUGGUUCCAAAAGUCUAUCGAUCAAAUCGAUCCCUAUACUGAUUUUUAUGUUUGGAAAAAUUCUGAAGGCAUUGAUAAUGUAACUAACCUAGAAAUACCGCCAAAUAAGUGGGUGAAUAUUUUUUCUCAAAAACCUGGCUCAGGUUGGACAUGGAAUGAAAAACGAAGACAAUUUUAUUUUCAUCAGUUCUUGGUAGAGCAACCAGAUUUUGAUCUGAGUAAUGAUAAUUUGAAGAAAGAGUUGUGGAAAAUGAUCGAAUUUUGGCUCAAUAAAAGUGUGGCUGGGUUCAGACUAGACGCUACUCCUUUUUUCUUCGAAGAUAAAGAAUUCAGAGAUGAUGUCAUGUACUUGAGACAAAUCAACCAACCAGAAACCAUCGAAUUCAUACACGAAUUUCGGACGUACUUGGAUAAAUAUAAUGAGGACCAUGGUGGUUUUGAAAGAAUUUUUGUGGCUGAAGCACAUGGAUGGGGGAUUUCAACACAAUAUGACAGAGAAAACUAUACAGUUACACACAUUCCCUACGCAUUUCUUUUCGAAUACAUCAGCUUUCCUGCGAAUGCGAUGAUUUUAAAGAAUUACCUCCAAUUUUGGUCGUAUUAUGUACCUGAAGGAAAAAUAUAUGCUUGGAUGACUCAAGAUCACGAUGAUGCGAGAGUAGGAUCACGAAUUGUUCCGGAAUACGCCGAUAUUUUCACAAUAUUGUCGAUGAUGUUGCCUGGAACAGUAGGAGUUUAUUAUGGACAAGAGAUUGCCAUGAUGAAUGGGUUCGCUACAGAAGACCAAUUUAAGGAUUUCUCUGGUGGAGGGCUCAGAGAUCCUAACAGACUUUUGAUGCAAUGGGAUGAUUCUCUAAAUGCUGGUAAACUAUUAAAAGUGAACAUAGAUUAUGAUAUCGAUGUGUAUAAAGGAAUAAGAUGA